AUGGCCGUGUGGACCGAGGCGCGCCGUCGGCCCAUCUUGGCUGCCUUUAUGCUACUGGCCCUAGUCUUUGUCGUUUUUCGCAGCGUGGGCCACUACAACAAGGUGGUCAAGCGCCGUGAAGCCCGCGAGCUCCGCAAGAGCUGGCAUGAAGAGCAACCCACCAUCACCGUCCCUGACCCCUUGCCCGAGUGUCCACAACUCAUCCCUGGCUACAACGUUUCCAAGACGCGCACGGGGCCCAAGGUCCUUAUGAGCUCGGGCGCCUAUAACAACGUUGUGGACGGCGUCUCUAAAACGCUCAAUCGACUCGUGGCCGACCUGCAAGCCCGCAACUUUCAGGUCGUCAUCAUUGCACCCGUGGGCGAGAAACCGGCCAUGCCCCAUUAUGGUCUCUUAUACCCAGCCCCCAGUGUCACCGUGCCCUUUCGUCCUGAAUACCGCCUCGCCCUUGGCUUGGAUCGGUGCACACGCGAGUUCUUUGAGGCCUACGAUCCCGAUAUCGUGCACGUGGCCAGCCCCGACUACCUGGGGCAGCAGGUGCAAAUGUGGGCCAAUGAGCAGGGCUUGCCCGUGGUGUGCUCCUACCAUACCCGCUUCAAUUCCUACCUGCCCUAUUACCUGGGCAGUUUUGUCGCCCCCGUCGACUCUGCCGUCUGGGCUUGGAUGCGCUAUUUUUACAACCGGUGCCACCACACCUACCCGCCCACCCCCUCCGUCUCCCAGGAACUCCGCCGUCACGGCGUCACCUCCGAGUUGCGUAUUUGGCCCCGCGGUAUUGACCUCACUCUGUUCAACCCCAAUCGCCGCUCCGAGGCCCUUCGAACCGCAUGGGGCGCCGACAGCAACACCGUCGUCCUCCUCACCGUCUGUCGCCUUGUGUGGGAGAAGAACUUGCGGGAAAUCAUCGAGACCAUCAAGUUGCUCUCCAACCAGGGUGAACACUUUUUGGCAGUGGUCGUGGGCGAGGGACCUGCCCGCGCCCGCAUGCAGGAAGAGCUUCCCAACGUCGUCUUUUCCGGGUUCCUGGGUGGUGUCAACCUUUCCACGGCCUUUGCCAGCGCCGACCUCUUCUUCUUUCCCUCUCUCACCGAAACCUGGGGCGCCGUCACCCUGGAGGCCAUGGCUUCUGGCCUCCCAGUCAUUGUUGCUGACGCGCCCGGGAGCAAGGAACUCGUCACUAACGACCACACGGGCUUCCUCAUCACACCCGGCCGGCCCCAGCGCUGGGCCAAUGCCGUGGUACGCCUCCUUCAUUCCCCAGAUUUGCGUGCUCGCCUCGCUGCCAAUGCGCUACAAAAGGUGUCCCAAACCCAAUCCUACACUUGGGAACGUGCCACCAACAUGGUACUGAGCCACUACUCAGAUCUGCUCUCCACUACCAAACGCUACCAGGAUCUCUUUGAGGUGCCGGGCGCCUAUGACGGUAACAGCAUGGCCAAUGACACGUCUCUCGUGGGUGGUGACGACUAUGCUGCGGCCGACGCACUGCUUGACGCUGCCGGACAUGCAUCAGAAGAAGGCCGUUCCGUCGUCGAGAGCCCCGAGGCAGACGAAACGCAGGGUGUCUAG